UUUUUCUUCUUUUUCUUAUUCUUAAAAACAAUGAAUAGUGAACUUCCUAACCAUAUGCCUGUGGAUAUGGCAUUAGCACCCAACCAAAAACCUUAUGAACAUACGCACGUUAUCCAUACACCUCCUGUUGAACAUGACCAUAAAUUAUCUCAACACAGUCUUUCUCCCGAGAAAUUAGGGUUAGUAGGCUAUGUCAAAGAUGUAGCUGGAUUUGUCAAGGACGCUGUUCAUGAACGAAGAGAGAAAAGGAUCACUCGCCGUAACUCUGCAACAGAAGAAGAAAGACCUAAACAAGAAGAGAAACAAAGACGAAGAUCGUCUGCUGAAGUACCUCAAGAACAAGUCUCUGUUCCCCCAUUGGCAGGUGUUGUCAAAGGCUUAUUUCCUGGUGUAGAAACCAAUGCAGUGGGUUGUACACAUGCAGAUGAUCUUCGCACACAAAUGAUGCAUGUGAAUGAUGAUCAUAAACUCUUGUAA